AUGAGCUGGAAAUAUUCGAAUCAGGAGAAGUUAUUUUUGCUUCGCAAAUGGCCCGAGCUACUGGAAGACGCCAUUAACGUUGAUGGGGAACUCAGUCUUCCGAAAGAUGAAGUCGGUGGGGCUGGAAGACAGGCCGAUGCAGCGAAAAACAGUUUCAACUUUAGUCCAACAUUUCGGCUUCCAUUCAAGGCUUGGGAGGCAAUUUUCACGCUACUAGACAAUAUCGCACCCACAGACCUGCCGUCUCAACUGUGUGAGGAGCUUCACUCCGUUUACGGUGUUAAUCCACUCAUCGCACUUAUGGUACAUUCGUGUUGUUGGUUUGACAAAGGCAUUGAUGACAAAGUUUUCAGUGAUCAGCUGUCCAGCUUAAGCGGAGUCACGAAGGAACUUCAACUUCAGUCGCAAAAUUACAGUAUGCCAAGUGAUCAAAAGGGAGCGCUGGAUGCGGCGACCGUCGCGACAGGUAUCCUAAUCGAUGUGCUUUCCUUGAGGAAGCGGUGGGAUGAGGGAUCUGAGGGCACUGAACGAGGCGUAGAGGAAGCAAUUAAUAGCCUUAUUGAGUGGAGUGCUCCGAAGAGACCUGUAAUUGAACUUGCGCGUGCGCUCAUUGUAGGAGUUGUUGCGUAUGCCUACGUUAAACCUCAAUUUGCUGCCGCUGCAACCAACUUACUGAGAAAAGCGCAAACGUCUGUGAAUGAAUCCAUGGUCGAAUGCACUAGGUCCCGCAGCGGCCGUAGCACCGAAGCUGUUUCUCCCUACAACAUAACUGAUUGGCGUGUCGUAAAAUGUCUCGAGACGGAACUGGUGCUUAGGCAAAAACACCAAGAUAUCAGUGACUUUCUCAGUGCGACAAAUCGUUGGUGGUUAACGUUACCAGAAACGAAUCCUUUUAAAGAGAAAAAAGGUUCUCGCACGGUGAGCGCUGAGGAACGCUGGCAUGCUGUGCGUUCCAGGUAUGUUGGGCAGCAACAUGUUUGGUCGUCACUGAUUGAACAUUUCCUUAGUAUUGGUGUAGUGGAAGCGGUUAAACCCACUGUCAUUGUUCUCUUUGGGCCGUCGGGCUACGGGAAGUCUGAAAUGGCACGGCUCAUUGCGUGCGCGCUUCAUAAGUGUACCCCUAGCGAGGCUGAGACGGAGGGCCAUUUGGUACACAUUCACUUACCGUCGUUUUGUACGCGAGACUCCAUCUACUCGCUAGUUGAUCCACCUGCAGCUCACAUAGGUGAGGGAAUACUCCUUUCAGCACUGCGUAGGAAUAAGGAGGCAGUUGUGGUACUUGACGAAUUCGAGAAGGGGAGUGCAGAGGCAAUUCAGAACUUGUGGUUAUCCGCCUUUCAAAAACAUGGCACGUUGCGGUCCUUGAAGGAUGCGGCACGAUCUAUUUCAACAGAGCGGGUUACCUUUGUACUAACUUGUAACAUAGCCGCUGAUGUUAUUGCUUCCGAUGAGGAGCGCUAUUUGAAAGCCUCCAAUGAAAAGGAACGGGCGGCGAUGCGCGCAGAGUGGACAAAGAUAUGCAUGGAUGUGUGUCGUAAAACGAUGCAUGAUCCGUUUGUCAAUCGAGUUGACUACUUCUUUCCCUUCGUGCCGUACACAGUGGAAGAGAAGCAGCAGUUUGUGAAACUUCAACUCUCCCGCAUCAUUGAAGAUCAGCGAGUGAAAGGGGUGCACAUGUAUAUUGCACCACAGUUGGUCAGGGUGCUUGCCGAUCAAUUGCAAACGUUUCACUCGUCGAAUAUUGAAGGGAUAUUGAGGCCGUUGUUAAUGAAGAUAUAUCAGAAGAAGUGGAAAAAGGCGGUCAUCACAGUUGAAGAGAGGAUAAACUGUCAUUCGUAUGUUGUUAUCCCUGCUUCUGACUCGGAAGGGGGAGAAAUACCGUGGACCUCAAUGCCAGGUGGCGCGAGCUCGUUGGAACAUUAUGAUGGCCCGGAAAGAACUGGAAAUCAUUCAGCCGAGAGGCAACAGCGGCGCACAGUAGAGCAGGAAGCCACCAACAGUAUCGAGAGUUCUCGCCGGAGUAGUAAAAUUGCUUCAAACUCACGCGGAAAUUCACGUUCAGCAAACCACACCCGAACGUCACAGGUGGCACAGUCUGCGGACUGCGCCAUGCUUCUAGAAACGGACGUUGAGCGGGAACUGAGACUAGAGUUGGAAAAGGCUACAGAGCUGCUACUGGAGAAAGACAAGGAAAUUGAGUGUCUGAAACAUAAAGUUCUUCUGUUAGAAAGAAUUGUGGCAGUGCUAUUGGCAACCACACUAUGUUUUAUGCUUCUUCUCUCCAUGAUUAUAGGUACAAAAAUGGUUCUUAUCUUGGCUGUUGCUCUAACGGGUUUCAUGUCCCUACUCGUUGGAAUGCCCUUGAAGCUCUUAAUAGGUGCUUUAAGAACCCUUUAUAGUGUUCUCGGCCCCAUGGGUUCUGCAAUCGCAUUUGGUAUUAUGUCACUGUGGUUGUCGAAUGCUGUUCGCAGUGUAGCAACCUGUUGA